CUGUGUAAAUUACCAAUCAAAAAUAAAAGACAUUAAAACUACAUCUGUUUUCAUAAAUAAAUCACCACUACAUAGCCUUAAAGAAAACCAAGAAUCUUAACAGUAGUAAGGCUCUCCUUCAAAAUAGAAAUUAUUAAGACAUCUGUAUAUCCACAUUAUGUUAUGAGAUGAAUACAACACAAUACCACAAGAUUACUCCAUAAACAGGAAGCAUAAAUAUACAAUGUAUGUAUUUUCUCGUUAUACAAGAAUGACCCUUCUGCUUGUUGCUCUUUCAGGUUUGCUCCAAGUGCCUUAAACAGAUGUGAUGCUACAACAUAAGGCAGCCAGAGAACAAGAAUAGUGCACAUGGUGUAAACUGCAGACUUGAAAGGGUAUUACUGUUAAAUUUGGGUGAAUUAGCGUGGGCAUCAAAGCGUAAUUAUUCGUGUUAUCGUCUUAUCCAGCUUCCGUUGAGGAAGUCUCGGAUCGAUGUUGGGUUUUCGUCUAAGGAUGAUAAUAGAUUUGACUAAAUUAAAAUGUUUCUGUUAUAUCUAUAAAUAUAACUGAAAUCAUGUAUGCCCUGACAACUUCUAUCCGAUGGAAAAUAUCUACAGAUGAAUUAAGAAAUAAAUAAAAGUGUGUCACACUUAGAACGAGAAAUAAUAAAUAUCGUUACCGGUUGUGAAUGUACACAACACUAAUUUUUUCCUACAAAAGUCUCACAUUAGCCCACUGCGAAGUUAAAUCAAUUUCUACACUAAUCCUAGAUCCUUAAAUGUUCGCCGGGACACCUAGAAACAAUAAUAAUGGUUUAUUAAGCAGGCUUGUUACGUUUGUUUCUUCACAACAUAUGCAGUCUGACACAAUGUUGCCAAUAACUCCUGAACACAAAACCGCGACAUUCCUAAAACACUCUAUGAUUAUCAAUAUUUGGAACGUUCUGGAAGUAGAAUAUUCAUUGAAAACAUCACUUAGGUCUAUCAUUAGUUAUUGCUGUCCUGUAUACAAACUGCGAGAGUGUUUAAGAUACAAUCUACAUUGACAGCAUGAGGCGUCUUGCACUUUUGAAACAGCGAGUGCUUUAGAUAACGCUUACAGUUGCGACAACGUCUCAGUUCACUAGCAUUGCUGAACAUCAAUAUAAAUUGACUCACAAACGAACCUCAUUUGCUUCUUUUCCGGAAAUCGGGACGUCGUUUGUGUUACUACAAGAAAAUUAGUACAUAACUAAUUGAUUUCAGUAAAGUAGAAAUUCUUCCCAAAAAACAAAACAAUCGUGUAUGUUGGUAGCACUGUAGAAACACAAACAACAGACAAAUAAUUUUUGUUCUCUACAAAAUGUCAAUUUUGUUUAUUGUGAUUUAGCGGUUUUUGUUACGAUGCAUGUAGAAUGGAAAUAUUGGUGUCGUCUGUGUGCUAGUGCUGAUGGGAAUGCAACUGUUGUGUUCAAGAGUAAGGAUCGUCUUCUGCCAGACAAAAUUUUUAAGUAUUUGUCUAUAUUGAUUGAGAAUCAAGAUGUGUUACCACAGUCAGUAUGUGAAAGCUGUGUGAAAAAGAUUGGUUCAUUUGAUCGGUACGCAGAUCAGUGUCUUCGUGUACAAAGUAUGUUUAAAAGUAUGAUUGAGGAAGCGGACGGCGCUGAUGCCAAAGCCGGCUUCGUUAGUCAAGGAUCCCCGAAUGAAACUCAAGCUGUUUUGUCGUCCCAAGAGUUGCAGGAAAGUGACAGCAAGGAAAAUAUAGCUGUUGAAAAUAAUCAGCAGCUCCCAGUGGAGAGCAGUACUGAAGUAUUACCAAAGAAACCAAAAUCUAAGCCUUUGCGCAAGAAAAAUGCUAAUAAGGCUCCCCUCCUAACCACCGCACAUUCAAAAAAAAAUACAAAGCACACAAAGAGAAAAGGAGAAAAUGAUUUUCAGAGGAGAGUGAGUAUAAGACUGAAGAAUGUUACUCAAGCUCAAAAUGACUUCUCUACAGUGAGUGAUGUUGAAGUGAAAGAAGAAGAUAGGCCUGGUGAUGAAGCAAAAAAGGAUGUAAUUACUGUCCCCAAAAAGAGAAGUCGAUCUGGAAAGACUCUUGUAGGUGCAGCUAAGAGGAAGGCAAAGGUACCUCGUGUGGUUAAACCAGAGUGCACAAAGCUGCUGGAAGAGAAAUCUCCAGGCACAAAAGACACCAUACCAUCCAAUCCAUCCAGUACAGAAAUGAUCACUGAACCUGUGAAGGUAGAAGAAACAGAUGUCCCAGAGGAAAACAGCUGUCCAGGGACACCAUCUGCAGAACAAGAAGACAGAUCUGAAGUUGACAAGCCAGAUACAAGCUUUGAUGCCUUUGAUGAUAGACCAGAUGAUGAUAGUAGUGAUGAUGACAGAGAUGAUAAGACUGAUAAAGAAAAAACUGAUCAAGAGAAAACACCUACAUUCAGGUGGGAGUGCCAUGUGUGCCACGAAGUGCUUGCCAACUGGAAUUCGCUUGCUGUCCACUGCCGCCAGGUGCAUGAUGUGCAGGCACAAGUCGUCUGUAUUUGUUCCCAAGUGUUAUCAAAUCGAGGUUCAAUCAUAAAGCAUAGGCAGCUUCACACUGAUUCUUUCCAGUACAGAUGUGAUAAGUGUGACAAAGCAUUCUCCCGCAAGUCACUAUAUGACCUACAUGUCUUAUCACACGUGCCAAAGGAGCAACAACCAUUUGUAUGUUGUAAGUGUGCCCGUCGUUUCCACUGUGAGGCACUACUGAGGCACCAUGAGCGAGUUCACCUACCUCGGGAAGAGAGGCUCAUCUACCCUUGUAGUGUCUGCAACAAAAAGUUCAGUAGCAGGUCUAAUGUAUCUUCCCAUUUAAAAGCUGUCCACUUUGGCGAGAGGCCAUUUGUGUGUGAACAGUGUGGUCACAGUUUCACAUCAAAAGGGAUUCUGCAGGAACAUUUAACAAUCCACAGUGAUGAAACACCAUUUCGGUGUACAAAGUGCAAAAAGAGCUUCAAAACAAAAUACCGACUAAAAAUUCACAUGGAUACACAUCGUGAAACACCGUACCAAUGCCCCAUGUGUCCUCACCAGUUAUCGACACGUCGCACAUUACGCACACAUCUGCUUAUUCAUAAGGAUAUCAGAGCUUAUCAGUGUGCUACAUGUGGCAAAGCCUUCAGACGCCCAAAGGAUCUCAAGAAUCACCAUAAUCUUCACACUGGACUAAGGCCGUAUACGUGUAUGUUUUGCCCCAGAACAUUUGCAAAUGGUUCCAACUGUCGUGCACAUAAAAGAAAAAUGCAUCCGGAAGAACUGAGAGUAUACGAAGAAUCAUUAGCUGCGGCAGCUGCUGCUGCUGAGGAUGAUGGUUCUGGAACCAGUGAAGCCACCACACAGACUCCAGGUGCAACAACACCUGCUCCUCCUACAUUAAUCUCACCAGAGAGUGCCAUGGUGAAUUCAGAAACACUGUCAGGGCUGAAUGCAAAUCCUGUGUUACAGAAUUCUUCAUCCGGAAGGCCGCAGGCUGGUAACAUCAUUGUUUCAGUGCCCUCUUCAGAGUAUGGGAGGCCAGCUGUCUUUGAAACAAAUGCUAUCGUUAGUUCCUGUGUCAAACCGUCAACUGUUAACAGUGUUCCCCAUUUAUUGCCUCAUCAGAGUGUGAUUCCUGCCUCAAAUUCAGAUUACGGUAUCUCUUCUACUGGCAUGAGCAAUGCGGGCCAUGUAGCAGUGGGCCCUGUAAUUUCACAUACUGACCAUAGUGUAAACACAAUAACACCCAUGAUGGCUCUUUCAGCAGCAUCUAUGGUAAGGGUCAAUGAUUCUUGCAGAAACCCUAAUCAAAUUCCAAGAAAUGAACAUAUGUCAGCUGUCGAAGAUGGCUCUGCAGACAGAAACAUGUCAACUGUGAACCCCAACCUCACUAGACGUGGCAUGACUGCAGUAGACAUACUGAAUUCGCAUGGCCUUGCUACCAUAACUCCUCUGAAUCUAAAUGUGUCUGAAGUGCAUGCCAGUCGUUCACAGCAUAUUCCAGAAUCUCCGUCAGUGACUGAUGAAGAAGCAAGUUACCUUACAGGGACAAGGAGGACGGAUUCUUUUGCAAAUUCCCGGCACCAUCUGCAAAAUUUGAAUCCAAAUAUUCAGAUCCAUCAUCAGGAUCAACAUCACGGCCUGGGACACGUUGGUCGCGCUCUUCCUGAACCUGCAGCACUGAGCAGAAUGCAACAUACUCAACACUCUGGUGCUGUUUCCAUGGACUCUGUGGCCCCUUUGCAGGUACAAGGAUAUUCAACACUCAAUCAUUUGUAUCAUCAUGGUGAUGCAAUGCCUUCAGCUGUAGCCGCUGCAAUUGCACACAGCGGCACUGUUGCCGUGCCAGCUUUCCCAGGGAAUCCGUAUGUCCAUCAUAACAUAGGGUAUGCAAGGAGUGGAAAUAUGUAAAUCAUAAACACUAUGCCUGUGUGAUUCUAGUGUAGAAAUUUAGCUUAACAAAGACAGUGUGGUUUCCUGUGAGUUGUGUGUUCCUUCAUGUGGGCUUAUGUUGUAAUAGAGAUGUAUUUUUUGCCCAAACAUUUUUAAUAACCACCUUUUGGUGGAGAUUUGUGCAUUGUAAAAUCAGCUCAGUCAUGUUUGACCUAUAUAUGUAAUCUCUUUGUUAUUAAGCAUUUUCAUCUCCAUCCAUAUUAUCAACAUCAUCAUCAUCAUCAUCAUCAUCAUCAUCGUCCUCCUUAAGCUGCUGAAAAAGAUGAAAAUGCUUUUAGGCAUGUUUUUAGAUAAGCGUUAAUGGUACCGUGUACUGAAUGUUACCCGGUCAAUAUAUUACAUUGUAGGGUUACAUUUACCUGCAGUAAUGUAAUGGUACAAAUAUUUAAUGAUAUUAACACCACCAAAAGUCUGAUAUUAAUACAAAUAUUUUUAACCUUUUCUUUUUUUAGCAUACUAAUCUGCAUUAAAUACGUUAGUUUCAUGCAGACUUCCAGCGACUGCAUUGUGUACCACUUCCUUAAAAAUCAGAAAAGAGAGUAAAAAGAACUUCUCUGGCCUUUCAAGUUAUAUUUGACAAAUUAUUACAGUGUUUUAUUCAUAUAAGAGUAUCGCCUCUUGUAAAACAUGUGUACAAGUCCUGCUACAGUAAUUAAUUGCAACGUAAAAUGUGUCUUGUCCCACCCUUAAAGCUGAGAGAUUAGUAUUUAGUAUUGAUAAGUUGAGACAUUUCUUCCGUACACACAUACACAUCUGUAAGUUCUUCAUUCUUACUAAUGAAUCUUAAUACUUUUAUAAAAUGAAUAGACAAAUGAUAAACAUGAAAGAGCUGUUCUGUAAUAAUUGUACCUGUUUUCUGCUUAACAGUUAUUUACUCAUUACUGAGAGUGAAUUUGCUCAACGGUAUCCCAUACCACCUCUUAAGGCAAUCCCCUUGCUAUCUUAUUUUCCGGAGAAGGUUUGCUUAUUUUGCCACUCAUAUUUUUUUAUGUAUCUUGAAGACUCAUUAUCGCAGGGUCUCCUAUUUUUUCAUCAUUUUACUAUGAGAUAAAAUGCUUAAAUUAAUGUCCAUUUUCUUAUUUUAAAAACUUUUCUAUCUUACAUCCAUUUCUUUUCUCCCCCCCCCCCCCCCCCUCCGAAUAAAAAAUAAAUAAAAAGAUGGAAUAGUGUUUGUCAGUGGCAUACCACAGAGCCAUUCAAGAACAGUUGUUUUAAUGUUGUCAUCGUUGGAGAAUCUCUCUACCCCAGUUCUUCUUUCAGUUUACUGAAAAGAUGAAAAUUGCAUGGUGCAUGAGAUAGAGUUCCCAUUCAGUAUAAUGAGAAGGAAAGCUGCUACUCACUAUAUAGUGGAGAUACUGAGUCACAGGUAGGCACAACAAAUAGAAUCUCACAAUUAUAGCUUUUGGCCGUGAAGGCCUUUGUCAACAAU